AUGCGGGCGGGUGGCGCGUGGAGCGCGGGGUGGCGGUCCGCAGGUGGAGCCCCGGCCCGGCCGCCGCGCCGCGGGACUGCACACAAAGCGGCCCACGGUCCCGCUGCCGCCUUCCCCGGAGCGCCGCGAGAGAAGCCGCGGGCUCGGCGGGGGAGCCAAGCCGAGCCCAGUAGCAGAGGCGCGCAGGGGCGAGCGGCGAGUGAGCGAGGGAGCGAGCGCGCGCUGCGCGGGGCCACACUGCCGCUCUCCGACGGCCCGAGGAAGAGCAGCCGCCCAGGCCGCUCGCCGAGGCCCGGCCCGGCGCCCAGCCCGCCACAGCCUCCGUCAGCCCGUCAAUCCCCGCCCCCGCCCCGGGCCGCCCGCCGAGCCUGGCCGCUCGCGCUCAGCCCCGGGGCCUACGGGUCACGCGGCGGCGGCGGCGGCGGCGGCAGCAGCAGUAGCAGCAGCAGCAGCGCGCGCCUCCCCUCCCCCCCGCCCCGCCGGGGAGCGUCGCCCCACGCCCUGCGGACAGCGCCGCCUCCCGAUUGGCGCCAAAAGCUGCACGCCCGGAGACCCGAGGAGGGGGAGGGGGAAGGGAGGAAGCGAGAGGGCCGGGACGGCCGAAGAUCCCGGGGCGGGCGUGGCGCUCAUGCCCCAGGAGCUAGAGGGCGCCUUGGCUGGGGACUGGAGAGCGCGGCGGCCGGCAGCCUCUGCCCUCGAGAAGCUCCUCCUCUGAGGCGGCCCCACUCGCCCUCGGCUCAGCGAGGAUGGCCCGCGGACCCCGCAGUGAGAAUUAAAGAGCAAAAUGUCAUGUUGUACUUAAUAGUGGAUCUCAAAUGACAAUCACUUUUUGAAGAAAAACCGAAGCGUAUACUUCUAUAUAUUUCAGAUAUAAUUCACAGAAAGGUGAAGACUAGAGAAACCAGAAGUGAUUACUUAGUGUUUUCCAAGUAGAGACACCAUUUUAUCAAGCUGAUAGGAUCUACACAUAUGCCAAAUCCUCCAUUGUAUCAUUAUUGCCAGACAAUUUCUCUACUUCUAAUUUUAUAUUUAUCUAUAUCUUCAGACUCUUUCCUUGUUGCUUACAACCUAACAUCACCUCCAUUCUUGAAAAAAUGCUCAUGACUCAUCCCUUUGAGCUAUUUCUUUCCUUUCGAAGACAAAAUCUUUAAAAAGUUAUCUAUACUUAUUGUCUGUACCAUCUUCCUACUUUUCAACCCUUUCAAUCUGGCUUCCAAUUCUAAUAAUUAAAUGAAAUUGCCAUUUCUAAAGUCACCAAUGAUCUCUUAGUUACUUAAUUUGAUGACUUCUUUUAGUGUUCAACUUUCUUGAUUUUGCAGUAUUUGACAGUUGACUAUAUUCUUGUAAACAUAAUCAACUGUGAAAGACUCAGCUACUCUGAUCAACAUAAUGAGCAACCAUAAUUCCAAAGGAUUCAUGAUGAAAAAUGCUAUCCACCUCCAGACAGAAAACUGAUGGAC